ACAUUUAUGAAAGAAAAUCUUUUGAAAACCGUAGAACUAAAAAAAAUUGGUCCCCUCUCAAAAUUAUAAAAUAUUAUCUGAUAACUCAUUUGCUCUGCAUCCUAUAUUUUUCUCCCCUGUUUUUCAAAAUAUCGAUAGGACAUGACGAUGAUGUUUGUGAAAUGCUCUCAAUAAUCUCUAGACGAGUCAUUCGGUGUUUUACUCGAAAAAGGUAAACAAAUCUCAUAUCUAAUCUUUCAGUUUAUCAAGAUUUUUGUUUUGUUUUUUUGUUGGGUUGUGGAUAAAGUUAAGCAAGUAUUAGUUUAGCUAAAAUUUCAGGAUACCCAGAUCUGGAAUCUCUCGAUCCAUGAAACAACAAUCUAGAUCUAGAUCCACAAUUUCUCAAGAUUUUUGUUUUUGUUUUUUUUUUGGAUUCUGAAUGAAUAGGGAUGAACACAAAUUAGUUUAGCUAAAUCAUGAGGAAAAAAGCUUUAAGGGUUUGUAGAACUCAUUACUAGAGUAUUAAAGAAAGGGUUAAGUUAAGAAUUAGAGUAAAUGGCACUUGUUCAGAGUUUAUAUUAGAGCUAAUUAAUUUGAUGUGGGAUAAGUCUUUGGAACCUUAACCUUGCUUUGUGGCCGUGUCUAUCCCAACCCUCAAGAGACUUAUUUUUCGUCGUUAUGAACAAUCUGGUGAUGAUAACAAAUCUCUUUCAUUGUCAUUUGAUACUCCACAUCUGGUCGACGUAGAAUAUUUUGAUACUAUGGCGGUUAGGUAUCAACAAGUGAGUUUUGAUUCGCUUGUUGAAGCUCGUAUCGGACUUCGAGUGACACAUGAUGUGCGGGCCAUUCUCCAAGGCUAUAAAAAUGUGUGUUAUUUGUCAUCCAAGGAAACGAGUAAUGUAACAAAUUUUCUCACUGGAGUACACAAUGUCAAGAUCCUCUACUUGUCUGUUGACAUUCUUCAGGUGUUUUGUUGUUGCCCUGAUACAGUACCAGUAUUUAACAACCUCAUUCAUUUAACUAUUGAGACUAAACGAGAAAGACAGUGGAAACCAUUGCCAGCUAUACUCAAGAACUGUCCAAAUCUAGUGGACUGCAUCACAUACAUACAUUUAGAUGUAGGAAGGAGGACUGGUGCUUAUACAAAUAUCGUAGUGAGUAUGAGGGAGUGGUCGCUCGUACUUGCCUAUCAUCAAGUCCGGUCAAGGUUCUAGAGAUACUGAACUUUGAUGAAACUUAUGAAGUAGAUGUUGGAAUUGUUCAUGGCUUAACGGAGAAGAUAAAGCAAGUCAAGCACUUCAUAAAUAAAAUGCCGAAUCUCGAGCAAGUGAUAUUGCGCUUUCUUUCAUCAAAUGAUGAAGAUGCAAUGAUGAAAGUAUUCAAGAUACUUGAGAAGUUUCCUAGAGUAGCUUCAUCCAACUGCAAAAUCAAAGUAAUCUCGGAUAACCUCAGCUUAUCAUCUAAUACGUCCGACUAAAUGUGUCGGGGUCCUUGUCUUUUGAAGAUAAUUUUCUCAGGCUAUGAUAUGUAUAUAUUUUGCGUCUCCUUAGCAUGUAUUUAUCAUGCAUUUAGCUAGGAUAACUGACUGUUUUGCAUCAUUUUCUAGUCUUUUCUGUA